AUGGACAGAAACUACAAAUUCAUUUUCUCAGUCAACAAGCACAAACCGUGGCUGGAGCCCACGUAUCACGGCUUAGUUACGGAGAGUGACAGCACCGUGCUCCUCGACCCGCCACUGAUCGCCCUGGACAAAGAUGCACCUCUGCGCUUUGCAGAGAGUUUUGAGGUGACAGUCACCAAAGAAGGUGAGAUUUGUGGAUUUAAAAUUCAUGGGCAGAAUGUCCCCUUUGAUGCAGUAGUGGUGGAUAAAUCCACUGGCGAGGGAAUCAUUCGCUCAAAAGAGAAACUGGACUGUGAACUCCAGAAGGACUACACAUUCACCAUCCAGGCCUACGACUGCGGGAAGGGGCCUGACGGGGCCAACGUGAAAAAGUCUCAUAAAGCAACUGUCCAUAUUCAGGUGAACGACGUGAACGAGUAUGCACCUGUAUUCAAGGAGAAGUCCUACAAAGCCACGGUGGUAGAGGGGGAGCAGUAUGACAGCAUCCUGAGGGUGGAGGCAGUGGACGCAGACUGCUCCCCCCAGUUCAGCCAGGUUUGCAGCUAUGAGAUUGUCACCCCGGAUGUGCCAUUUGCUGUCGACAAAGAUGGUUAUAUAAAGAACACGGAGAAGCUGAACUACAGGAAAGAGCAGCAGUACAAGCUGGCAGUCACAGCCUACGACUGCGGGAAGAAGAGAGCAGCAGAGGAGGCUUUGGUGAAGAUCAGCAUCAAGCCCACCUGCACCCCUGGGUGGCAAGGAUGGAACAACAGGGUCGAGUACGAGCCUGGCACUGGUGCUUUGGCGCUCUUCCCAAACGUCCACCUGGAGACAUGUGAUGAAUCGGUGGCCUCAGUGCAGGUGAUGGUGGAGCUGGAGACCAGCCACAUAGGGAAGGGCUGUGACCGCGACACCUACUCCGAGAAGUCCCUCCACCGGCUCUGUGGCGCUGCGUCUGGCACAGCUGAGCUGCUCCCUUCCCCGGGCGGCUCCUUGAACUGGACCAUCGGCCUCCCCACUGACAAUGGCCACGACAGCGACCAGGUCUUCGAGUUCAAUGGCACUCAAGGGGUGAGGGUCCCAGAUGGCAUCGUUUCCGUCAACCCCAAGGAGCCUUUUACGAUCUCUGUGUGGAUGAGGCACGGGCCGUUUGGCAGGAAGAAGGAGACGGUCCUUUGCAGCUCAGACAAAACAGAUAUGAACCGACACCAUUAUUCACUCUAUGUCCACGGCUGCCGGCUGAUUUUCCUCCUCCGUCAGGAUCCUUCAGAAGAGAAGAAAUACAAACCUGCAGGAUUCCACUGGAAGUUGAAUCAGGUCUGUGACGAGGAAUGGCAUCACUAUGUCCUCAACGUGGAAAUCCCAAACGUGACUCUUUAUGUGGACGGCGUCUCUCACGAGCCCUUCUCUGUGACUGAAGACUACCCGCUUCACGCAUCCAAGAUCGAAACCCAGCUCAUGGUUGGAGCUUGCUGGCAAGAGUAUUCAGGAGUUGAAAAUGACAAUGAAACUGAGCCUGUGCCUAUGGCCUCUGCAGGUGGUGACCUGCACAUGACUCAGUUUUUCCGAGGUAAUCUGGCUGGCCUGACGAUCCGUUCCGGUAAACUCACAGAUAAGAAAGUGAUUGACUGUCUGUAUACCUGCAAAGAGGGGCUAGACCUGCACAUCCCCGAAGACAGCGGCAGCGGUGUCAAGCUCCAGGCCAACCCCAGUCAGUCAGUGUUGACCUUGGAGGGAGAGGAUGUAGGGGAGUUGGAUAAGGCCAUGCAGCACAUUUCCUACCUGAAUUCACGACAGUUCCCCACACCCGGGAUCCGAAGACUCAAAAUCACCAGCGUGGUCAAGUGUUUUAACGAGGCCACCUGCCUCUCAGUCCCCGUGUUGGAUGGCUACGUGAUGGUUUUGCAGCCAGAAGAGCCCAAGAUCAGUCUGAGUGGCAUCCACCAUUUUGCUCGAGCGGCUUCCGAAUUUGAAAGUUCGGAGGGGGUUUUCCUUUUCCCCGAGCUUCGGAUCAUUAGCACCAUCACGAGAGAGGUGGAGCCCGAAGGAGAAGGGGACGAGGACCCCACAGUUCAAGAAUCACUGGUGUCAGAGGAGAUUGUCCACGACCUAGACACCUGCGAGGUCACGGUGGAGGGAGAGGAACUGAACCGAGAGCAGGAGAGCCUAGAAGUGGACACGGCCCGCCUGCAGCAGAAGGGCAUCGAAGUGAGCAGCUCUGACCUGGGUGUGGUCUUCACAGGUGUCGACACCAUGGCUAGCUACGAGGAGGUCUUGCACCUCCUGCGCUAUCGGAACUGGCACACCAGGUCCUUGCUUGACCGGAAGUUCAAGCUCGUCUGCUCCGAGCUGAAUGGUCGCUAUGUCAGCAACGAGUUCCAGGUGGAGGUGAACGUCAUCCACACGGCCAACCCCGUGGAGCACGCCAGCCACAUGGCCGCGCAGCCGCAGUUCGUCCACCCCGAGCACCGCUCCUUCAUUGACCUCUCAGGUCACAACCUGGCCAACCCCCACCCGUUCGCAGUCGUCCCCAGCACCGCAACCGUCGUCAUCGUGGUGUGUGUCAGCUUCCUGGUUUUCAUGAUCAUCCUGGGAGUGUUCCGGAUCCGGGCUGCUCACCAGAGAACCAUGCGGGACCAGGACAGCGGCAAAGAGAACGAGAUGGAUUGGGACGACUCUGCCCUGACCAUCACCGUGAACCCCAUGGAGACGUACGAGGACCAGCACAGCAGCGAGGAGGAGGAGGAGGAGGAGGAGGAGGAGGAGGAAGAGAGCGAGGUUGGGGACGAGGAGGAUGACAUCACCAGCGCCGAGUCGGAGAGCAGCGAGGAGGAGGGGGCGGAGCCCGGCGACCGGCAGGCUGCGAGCCGGCAGCAGCAGCUGGAGUGGGACGACUCCACCCUCAGCUACUGAGCCGCCCGCCGUCCGUCGCCUUCUUUCCUGCUUCAGGAGGCUCUGCUGUCAUCCCUGUGCCCGCCCCAAGGGUCCACGAUGUACAGAGUCACCCUGGCCAGUAGGUCUGCAGAGCCUCCCCGUCGCCGAUCUCCGCCCACGCUUGGUGUAUAGGGCCCUAGGCUCCCCCUUGCUCCCUCCCUUCGUCCGCCCUGCUCGCUCUUAAGUUAUGUGAGGAGCUGAC